AUGGCGCCACACGUACAGCCAUCGGAGUUCCUCCGCGAUCUCGCUGAGCUGUUUGAGCGGGUGAGUGGGAGUGUGAGCAGUGGCAGUGGCAGUGGCACUGUAUUCCUCACGCAGAAACGCUACCAAUACCACGAUAAAGAAGGUGCAGAAAUGGAUAUCGACGCAGACAGCCCAAAUCCCGCGCAAUUCCAUGUUCUCCUCAGAGCUACUGCCCAAAUAGACGAUAAACAGUACAAAUCAGCCACGCGCAUCCCUUCUGACCAGCUCGAUGGCUUUGUUGCGCACUACAACUCUCUCCUCCACGCCCACCUUCACUCCAAUCUCCGCAAGAGAGACAGGAAGAGAGAGAAACGUAAGGCGGAUAUUGCCGCUGUGAGGAAACGCAGACUAGAGACGCCCGUCGAUAUACCCCACUCUAAACGCGGUAGCGGGAGGCGUAAGUUUCAACGUAAAGUUAAAGCUGAACAGAGGAGGCUAGCUGCUUUGCACACGGUAGCAAGUGGCACGAGUGGGCAGAAUACUUUGAAAAUUCCUUAA